AUGUCAAAGCAUGCCGCCCAUGAUGCGCAAGUCAGUCCCAGCGAACUGGACCAGUUCUUCCACUUCUUGCAGUGCCAGCUUCGGAUGGAAGCUCGCCACUGUAUGCAGGAAGAGUUGGAGCUUCAGGAUCAGCAGGCCCGAGCCAUUUGGCCACAUUUCGAGGAAUGGGUGCAGCCAAACCUCGGCAAGAAGGAGAAAUGGAUGCCCUUCCAUACUGUCUUGGGCGCCCAUGAACUCUUCAUCGUGGAGAAUAUUCACCACAAUCCCGAGCUGCGGUGGGAUGACAAGUGCAAGUUCCUGGCGAUGUUCGUGUUCCGAGCACACUGCCGCGGCACGAUCUUCCGAGAGGCCCAGCUGCCAUACAUGCGAGGUCAGGAUUUCUGGAGGGACCCUGUCUCUUACUUCAAAGAGAACGGCAAGAUCACGCAAAGCAUGCUCUCGUACCGGAAGAAGACGGGGCACCCUUUGCAGACCUCGGCCUUCCUUGCCAUCCCCGAGCGGCUCUGCCAGGAUGAUGACGAGAAUUUGGCGAAGAACGUGGCUCAGAGGACGCGGACGCUGCUGGAGGUUGCAGAACAGCUGUGGCCCAUCCUGCACAACAGCAGCCUGGCCAGCGUCGAGAAGUUUGAGGAAAUUUCGCGGACGAUCCAAGCUGCAUACCGCUUGGGCGAGACAUGGGCAAAGAUGCUGAUGGUGAGCAUCGACAUCGCCUACCCCAAAGAGCAGCUGCUUGCAAACAGCUGUGAUGUGGGCGUGGGUGCACUGAAAGCACUCCAGCGGCUCUUCAAUGGUAAAUGUGCCCUCGACCUCCGGGAUGCCCUGAGAAGGGCCACUCGCGCGGCAAACGAGUCGCAGCGCCGAGCGGCAAAGGGCUUCUGGCUCCUGCUGGGACAGGUGGAGGCAAUGGCGAAGAAGCGCUUCGCAAAGUUGCCCCUCGUUCUGCGGCAGGUGAACACUGGCCAUGGACAGGUCAGCGCAGUCACGAUGCAGGUGCAGCUCUGUGAGUGGCGGCAAUUCAUGGAUCACUUGACAAAGGCUGGAGCUUCUGUGCUCACCAGUGCCGGGCUGAUGUAUGAUGACGAGGAGGGGCAACUUGAGCCUGCCCAGAAGUACCGCCGUGUCACGGGCAAGCGGAGACAAGGAAAAGCAGACAAUGGGCUGCCAGAGGCUGGCAGUGACUCAGAAGAUGACAAGCCACUCCUCUACCUCGGCAAGGCUCAGCCUGAGGCACCCAAAACGGCUGUAGCAGUCAAAGCGGAACCUGCGAGAUCUCCACUUCCGCCACUUGAAGGGCACGAGGCUGCUUUCAUCCAGCAGAAACGAGACUUGCUGAGAGAGAUGAAGGGAAAAAAGGACCGGGCCAAGAAGCUGCUCCAGGCAGCCGAGAAAGCCUUGAAGAGUGCGGAUUCGACGCACCAGAGCCUCAAGGUCCAGGUCAGAGACGCCAUGAGCCAGAGGUGUACCUGUCAGGAGGCCCUCAACCAAGCAGAGCUCCAGGUGUCGGAACAUUCCGACCUCUUGCAGCAGUCGCAGUUGGACUGGGACAGCUUGGAGGAGACUUUCAAUCAGCUGGAUGCCAGAUUUGCAAACCUUGCAACCGACAGCAAUUCAGAGGAGUGUGCCAGCAUGCCUGCUUUGGCAGAGCGUCUUUCGAUGGCCUCGUCUGCGAGGCAACUGCAAAUGGCCACGUUCCGAGAUGUCGUUCAAGACGAAUGGGAGGCUUUGCAGGAUAAACAUGAAAAGCUUCAAGAGAAGCACCUGGAUCUGACUCGAAAAAGCGACAUGGCAAUGACAAAGUUGCGAGACGCGAAGGAAGAGGUUAGUUGCAAGAUGAAGGCGUUGAACACCGCGAAGCAGACUUGCAUCGAGGCUCGGAGAGCCGUCGUGAGACGACGAGUGGAAUGGAUGACAAUCGAAACACAGGUCGUUGCUCUGCAAGAGCUGGUCAUUGACAGCCUGAGUUCUGCCUGA